AUGCCACCCUGCCACGGACAGGCUUACCUGCUGACCUGCGUGGACAGAUUCAUCCGCUGGGCGGAGGCCAUUCCUAUCACGGACAUCACCUCCGAGACAGUUGCGAGUGCUUUCCUGUACCACUGGGUAGCCCGCUUCGGGGUGCCCUCCGCGAUAACAAGAGACCGUGGCCGACAGUUGGAAUCCGCCCUUUUCACUGCUAUCGUUCAGCUCAUGGGAAACUCGCGCAUACUUACGAAGGCGUACUACCACAUCAGCAAGGGCAGGAUGGAGCGUUUUCACCAUCAGCUAAAGGCCGCGCUCACGGCAACCGAGGAACACAACUGGGUGGACUUCCUCGCGCUCGUCCUGUUGAGCAUAAUAAAUUAUGACAGUGGCUGCAGCACCCGUUUGUUGGUCCACGGCACGACACUCAAGCUGCCGGGGGAGUUCUUUACGCACGGCUCAGAGGAGGGAUCCAUAGCUUGCAGGGACUACGCACUCUUCUUAAGCAACGUCAUGAGCAAGCAGCGCGCGGUACCUCCACGGCCUCCAGGGUCGCGUGUGGUGCACGUUGACCCGCAGCUCACAUCGUGCCCAUAUAUGUUCGUACGACACGACGCGGUUCGGCGACCUCUUCAGCCAGCCUACGAUGGGCCGUUUCAGGUCCUCCGCCACGGGAACAGACAUUUCGCCAUCAGUUGA